AUGGAAGAGAGUAAUGGUUCAGGAGGAGGUGGAAGUAAUUGCAAUGAAGGAGCUUGUGCUGCAGUCGAUGAUGCGCCAACGACGCUAGCGAGUAUACAAGAGUUGAAAGAUCAAGCCACAGCUGGUCAAGAAAUGAUUUCUUUUCGUGUUGUAUGGAAGAAGAAAACUUUUGAUGUGGAAUUUAAUUUAGAUCAAACUAUUGCCCAAGUCAAGAAACACAUGGAAAAAUUAACUGAAAUUCCUGCUACUAUGCAAAAGUUAAUGUAUAAAGGUUUAACACAAGAUAGCAAGACACUACGCGAAUUAAAAGUGGCUCGUAACAGCAAAAUGAUGCUGGUUGGGUCGACUGUGAAUGAUAUCAUCGAUGUCGUAAAACCUGUGGUUAUGACUCCCAAAGAUUUAGUUAGCCAUACGGGUCCAAAAAGAGAACCUUUAUGCAAGCAGAAGCAACAUAAGAAAAUUUUAGAUAAAGGCAAGCCGGAAGGUAUCUCACCUGGUGAUAAGCGUAGGCGGGAUCCAUUACCAUCCACACCAAUAUCAGGAAUGUAUAACAAACAUGGAAGUAAAGUUCGAUUAACUUUUAAAUUGCUUAUUAAUCAACUGUGGAUAGGGACAAAAGAGCAUACUGAAAAAGUGCCGAUAGCUUCCAUCAGAAAUGUCACGUCGGAGCCAAUUGAAGGCGAUGAAGAUUAUCACAUCAUGGGUUUACAAUUAGGACCAACUGAAUUAUCUAUUUAUUGGCUCUAUUGGAUGCCUGCACAAUAUGUUGAAGCAAUCAAAGAUACAAUCUUGGGUAAAUGGCAGAUCGAUCAGCUAUAG